AUGUCGUCCACCCCCGAGUUGACGCCCGCAUUUCUGGCGGAAGACCGCCGUCCACAGGCGCGCAUUGGCAUCGCCGUUGUCACGGCGCUGUCGGCCCUCGUCGUGCUGGUGCGGGUCUACGCACGCGGUUUCCUCAUCCGCAGUUUUGGCUGGGAUGAUGGCUUGAUCUGCGCCGCGCUGUUAUUGAACAUCGUCGUGAUGGCGCUCUCGCUGCAGGUCCUCCGAUACGGCGCCGGGAUACACAUCUGGGCCCUCACGGCAUCCGAGGCCCCGCUGCUGUACCAGUGGCUGGUGGCCGCGCAGCUGGUGUACAUGGUGGCGCUGUGGACGUGUCGCAUCUCCGGGCUGGCGUUCUACCGACGACUGAACCCGAUGCCGCAGUUCCAGGGCUAUCUGCGGGCCUCGUUCGCGUUCGUCACGGCGGUGCUGGUGGCCCAGGUGCUCGUCAUCGCGCUGCAGUGCAUCCCCCUGGCGGCGCUGUGGGGGGCCGCGGAGGGGACCUGUCUGGGCUCGCAGACGGUGUUCAUCUCGACCGCGGCGCUGACCAUCGUCUGCGACUCGAUCAUCCUGCUGCUGCCGGUCAAGAUCGUGUUCUCGAUCCGGGCGAGUCCGGCGCGGAAGACGGCGCUGGCGGUGGUGUUGUGUUUUGGGAUUUUGUAUGUCCCUGCCGGUCUCAACGGGGAAUGUGUGCUAAUUGUCUCUAGUGCCGUGAUGACCUCGAUCUGCCGCAUCAUCGCCAUGAUCCCGGCAAUCAGGGACACCGACGCGACGUGGUACUUCUCAGUGGUGAUGGUGUGGUCCGACACGGAGGUCAGCACGGCCAUCAUCGCGCUGUCCCUGCCCGCGCUGAAGGGCCUCGUGGGAGUGGCCGUGCGCCGGGGUUCCUCGAUGGCAGAAGGGCAGAGCAGCGGGUCGCACGAGCUGCAUGUGCAGAAGCAGAAGGGGAUGCCGCACUCGGAAGAGGGUCCGCUGUACCAGGGGCCAGAUCUGUAUGGGAGCAACGCGCGCGCGGGGCCGGGGGAUGGGUCGAGCGAGGAGGUGCUGUGGGGGGAUGGGGAUGGGGAUGAGGAUGAGGAUGGCGAGUCGGGGCGAAUCCAUGUACGGAAUACGGUGCGGGUGAGUGUGGCGUGA